CCACCAGACCACAUAUAUAAAGAGACGGAGCUACUCCACGAAAUUACUCCUCAUCAGCCUAGCAUUCCACACCAUCGAACAACAGCAAUCAACAGCUAUUCAAACGAACAUCAUCGAUUCCAAUUGAACGUCUCGAAUUCUACUCGAACCACCAAUCACAUUCUCCGCUACCAACCAAUCAACAACCACAACAUCAACCACCAAACAUUACAAUGGCCACCACCAACACCCCAUCUUUCAUCUCCACCCUCGCCCACAAGGCCAAGGCUCACCAUGACGGUCUCAACGCUGCCUUCAACACCUACUACGGCGGAGCUUACGGAUCCAACCCCAGCUCUCAGGCUACCUCCAGGCGCGCUAGCCAUGACUCCGUCGAGCACAAGGAGCCCAAGGAGCACAAGUCCAACAAGACCUGGAAGUCCAUCAAGAAGGCCGUUGUCGAGCACCACCGAAGCAUGAACGCCGCAUACAGCGCCUACUACGGCGGCGGCUCCAGCCCCAACCAGUCCAGGGUCAACUCCACCUACGUUACUCCCAGGGCUUCCGUCGAGUGCUAGACAUCUUGAAAGCACUCGAGAAUUGAUUCUCCUUGAGACAUUUCAUUCAUCAGCACAUUCGGCUUAGCAACAAACACACCAUGGAGGAUCUUUAAUUAGGGGAACUUACACGGGACGAUAUCACGACACACAUCUACCGAGAUGGGAAGAAAAAAG